GUACAAACACACUUGGAAAAUCAGUCUAGAUACCACAUACAGCAGAGCCAGAGGCACCAGGUGAAGCAGUACCUGACCCUUGAUGCCAAGCUGUCCAGCCAGACCCUCUCGCUGUCCCACUCUCACGCGGUCCAGCCGGUGGGGGUGAGCUCAGUCCUGCGGAGCGGACACAUGGCUCCAGCCAGCGGCUCUCCGCACAGCCCUGUCACCAAGCUGCUGGCCCUCGGCGGCCAACACGAAAAUGCGAUGGAAGAAGUUAUUGAAGACAUAAUCAAUAUGGAAUCAAAUUUUAAUGAUGAAGGGAUAGGUUGUUCUGAAACUCCUUUACUAAUGCAAAGAACUCUAUCUAGCAGCAUUUUGGAUAUAUAUAACAGUGACCAGGGAAUGGCACCAGCUAAUAUGAGUCUCACAAAUGCUUCUUGCCCAGCUAAUCUACCAGUAAAAAGGGAGCUCACAGCAGAUACAAGAGCAAUGGCAAAGGAGAGACAAAAAAAGGAUAACCACAAUCUCAUUGAGAGAAGAAGAAGGUAUAAUAUUAAUUACCGAAUCAAGGAGCUUGGCACACUCAUCCCCAAGUCUAAUGAUCCUGAUAUGCGCUGGAACAAAGGAACUAUUUUAAAAGCAUCGGUAGAGUACAUCAAGUGGCUACAAAAAGAACAACAGAGAGCCAGAGAAUUAGAACACAGGCAGAAGAAAUUAGAGCAUGCUAACAGAAGACUUCUGCUCCGAAUUCAGGAACUGGAGAUCCAGGCACGUGCGCACGGCCUUCCCAUCAUGUCUUCGCUCAGUGCUGUGGAUUUAGCUGCGCAGGUCAUCAAGCAACAGUCUUAUCCAGAGGAGAACUCUGUAGACUACUCUCAACAAAUGCCCCUGGUACAUGGACAAAAUUCUGAUGUCUGUGAUGGAUCUACAGCCUUUUCUGAUCCGCUUUCACACUUCACGGAUUUGUCCUUCAGCGCAGCUUUGAAAGAAGAACAACGACUAGAGGAAAUUUUAUUGGACGACACAGUGUCGCCAUUUGGAACAGACCCACUGUUGUCCUCCACAUCUCCAGCUGCAUCAAAAGAGAGCAGCAGGAGAAGCAGCUUUAGCACAGAUGAUGGAGAUGAUUUAUAAAAGCAGAAAGGGUCUCAUCCUUCUCCAAACACUUGUUAAAAGACUUAGUUAAAUGUAAGCAUGGUGUUUGCUCUUAUUUUAAGGAGAGACACUGUAAAAAUCAAUUACUACAUGACAAGGAUUUCAAUCAGCCCUUACUUCACAAGAAAAUAAGAUGGACAUGAAGCCAUACCACUCUGCCCCAAAUUCACCCUCUGUUCACAGCCAACAUUUGCAUAAAUCUCUCUUCACUGGGAA